CGCAAAGAAAUCUAUACACACAAAAAACAAAGACCCAAAGGGUAUUUGAUGACGUCGCAUACCAGAAUUACCUAAACUAGGGACUCGCCACGUGUCCCGUAGCCGUACAUUUUAGUUGUCGUCUGCACCACGCGUGUUCUCAGAGGGUAUCUAGAUAAGUGUUCCCACCUUCCUUAAAUUUCUGACGUCUCUUAAUGCUAAAUGGUGAAUACUAGGCCAAUCUAUUUAGACCCAACUUUCUAGUUUCUUUUGUUUUUGUGUGGCUACGAUGGAAAAAGAAGAAAGCGGAUCAAAACAGAGAUCCUCUGCUUCUGUAGGAUCCUCGAGGAGACGAAGAAGAGCAGUUGAGCCAGUGGAAGCGACGUUACAGAGAUGGGGGAAGGAAGAGGACGGGGAAGGGUUGGAGAGGGUACGCAGGGUUCAAGCGAAAGGUUCGAAGAAAGGUUGUAUGAGAGGUAAAGGAGGACUAGAGAAUCCUGUUUGUCGGUUUAGAGGUGUUCGACAAAGGGUUUGGGGUAAAUGGGUUGCUGAGAUACGUGAACCAGUUAACCACCGUGGUGCUAACUCGACCCGCAGCAAACGGCUUUGGCUUGGAACGUUCGCUACUGCUGCUGAAGCAGCCUUGGCUUACGACAGAGCUGCUAGUGUCAUGUACGGACGCUACGCCAGGCUAAAUUUCCCGGAAGGUCUUCUAGAAAAUGAGCCGGGUGGAGAAAUUAAGAAGAACAAUGAGACGGGAAGUUCCGGAAGCUAUUGGUUUGAACCUGACAACGUAUCUGAACCCCGUGAUGGAGUGAUUGAAACAAAAGAUGGGAAGGAUUAUUUACUCUACAACAACAGUAUCGAGCUUGGCCAAGACAAGAUUGAGAACCUUGAUCUUACUGAUACCAAGAUGGUGGAAUCAAUGGUUUACAAGAACCCAGCAGUAAAAGCAGAGGAAGGUUACAGCUUUGAUCGAUUCGAAUUGGAUAGCGGAUUGUUGUACAAUGAACCUGGAGGCUCUAGUUAUUACCAGGGAGGUGGAUCUGAUUCGUAUUUGGAGUUUUUUAGAUUCUAGCUAGGGUUUUAAUGCUGUAUUGAUAUACUGUAAGAUUAUGUAUUGAUAGUUCAUUCCAUUUCCAUUA